UACUAAUAUUAUAAAGCGGAAGAGUUUGUUUGUUUGUUUGUUUGUUUGAUUGAACGCGCUAAUCUCAGGAACUACAGGUCCGAUUUGAAAAAUACUUUUAGUGAUAGAUAGCCCAUUUAUCGAGGAAGGCUAUAGGCUAUAUUUUAUUUUCAAAAAAAUUAGGGAUCCUUCCUGAAACUCCAAUAAUGUAACCCAAGGUGUACAUGGCGUGUGUUCGCGCCUUCCCAAAAGUCUGCUAAUUCCCUCAAGCAUUGUCAUUGCUAUUCAAAAGGCCAAGGAGUUGCAAAUACAGGAGCAUCAUUCACUCGACCGUAAAAUGACCUCACUCUCAACCAACACGCACACGAGACGGUUGUAACUUGCCAAUUUGUCAUCGGACGUAACCUUACUUACAAUAAACCUUUUCAACCUUCUCCAAGUUUUUCUUUACCAGCGUGCGCUGCAAAAACUAUGGAUGUAAGAAUAAAAUAAUGUACAACAACUUUGUAGAACACAUCAUUUGUUACAAAAAAUGUCGCAACAGCAUAUAUCUAUCUCCUAUAUUUUAGCUGAUAUAGUACCUUUUAUACUUUAAUAAAUUAUUUAAAACGUAUCAUAGGGUUUACUUCAUUAUUUACACAACUAAACUAAAAUCCUUAUUAAAAUGAGUUACUUAAUAAUCAAUAGGAUAUUAUAGAGAUAAGAUUUGCCUUUUACAGUAUGUUAAUUAGUCAUAUAGUUUCGGAGAUAAUACAAAAUUUCUAAAAGACGCAAAAAUGCCGCUAAAAGACGCCCCGCGGUUUUUCCCACAUAGUUCCUGUUCCCGUAGGAACGCGGAGUAAAAACAAGGUGUAUGACACUCGCAAAUAACGUAGCUUUCUAUUGGUGAAUUUUCAAAAUAGGUUCUGUAGAUCCAGAGAUUACCCCUACAACCACACAAACUUUACCUCUUUAUAAUCUACUCUUCAGCUUUAUAUUAUUAGUAUAGAUACUUUAAUAUUAUAAAGCUUAAGAGUUUGUUUGUUUGCACUAAUCUCAGGAACUACUGGUCCGAUUUCAAAAAUACUUUCAGUGACAGAUAUCGAGGAAGGCUAUAUAGGAUUUUUUUGCCUAUUGAGAGCUUACGUUGCGUGCGCUGAGUAAACGCUUAAAGUUGCGUAAAAAUCAUGUAUGACAGAAUUGUUCCCCUUUAAAAGUUCUAAUAAAAGUCCGCGACAGUAUAUGUCUAUCUUUUAAGGUUAGCUCAUAUAACCUGCUUUUAUGCUAACCAAAUUUGUUCUAAAAUCUGUUGCAUUAUUUGUGAAGGUGUUUUUAUAAACAUGAUAUUAAUCCUUAUCCAAAUAAAUAUGUUAUUCAUCACAAGUAUUUAAUUUAAAACAAAAAUGCCUUUCACAUAAUUCGAUUUAAAUUAAUAUCUUAGGAGAUAUCGCAGUUUUAAAACAAAAUCAGCAAAAUAAUGUUCGAGUAAGCGGAGUGGCGGUGCCCCCAGUUAGCUCUGCAAGGUAUCAUGCCGCGCGGCUCAGACGCGUGGUCGGCUCCUUACGGAAAGGUUGUGCUCAGCGAACUAAUUUUUAAAUUUGUUCUUUCCAGAAUAGAAAUAGUUUUAGUUUACUUAUUUUUGUUUAUUUCCUUUUCUAAAUAGAUACAUUUUUUGAGUUUCUUUUUGUAGUAGGUAUUUAAUAUUCUUUAGGGUAUUGUUUAUGAUUUAGUAGUAUUUUAGGGUAAUUCUUUUACUUCGAAUAGGCGAUAUUUUCUGGUAUUAUUUUAGCGUUUAUACUUUUUAAAUGAGUAAGUUAGUAAUAAGUUUCGUUUUUGUUUAGUUAUUUUUCUUCUCUAAAUAGAUACAUUAUUUGAUUUUGUAGUUUUUUAGGGUAAUUCUUUUAAUGUGGAUAGGCGAUAUUUUCUGGUAUUAUUUUAGCGUUUAUAGUUUUUAAAUGAGUAAGUUACUAAUAAGUUUUGUUUUAGUUUAGUUAUUUUUGUUAAUUUUCUUCUCUAAAUAGAUACCUUAUUUGAUUUUGUAGUAUUUUAGGGAUUUAUUUUUACCGUGGAUCUGAUAUCUAAUCGUGUAAUAAUUAGUUUUGAGUAAUUCGUUUUUCAAUUAUAUAUUGUUAUUACAUAUAUAUUUUUACAUAAAUAAUAAUAUAUUAUACACAUAUAAAUUAAAAAAUGCCUAGAAAAAGAUCUCAACUUUCUCGGCAGUCUGCCACUGCAAAACGGCUGCGACUUCAGCGCAGCAAUGAAACAGAGGAUGAAAAUGAACAUAGGUUGGCUACUCAACGAGCAAUCAAUGAACGAGACCGCGCCAGAGAAACAAGUGUUGAACGUACACAACGUUUGGCUUCACAAAAUUCUCGAACUUCGGCGAAACGACAACGCGAAUCAAUUACUGAAUGUUCUCAACGUUUGGCGUCACAAAAUUCCCGAACUUUAGCAAACCGCGAACGGGAAACAAGCGCUGAACGUUCGCAACGUUUGGCGUCACAAAAUUUCCGAACUUCAGCAAACCGCGAACGGGAAACACGUGCUGAACGUUCGCAACGUUUGGUCGCACAGAAUUCCCGAACUUUAGCAAACCGCGAACGGGAAACGACUGCUGAACGUUUGCAACGUUUGGCCUCACAGAAUUCUCGAACGUUGACGAACCGAGAACUCGAAACAAGCGCUGCACGUUCCCAUCGAUUAGCUCAACAAAAUGCAAGAUCAACAAUGAAUAGAACUCGCAGGCAGCACAACUUAUUGAAUUCUGCUUUUGCUUAUGACUUUAACCUUGACUAUUUUGUACUAAAUGAUAUUGAUAUUGGUAGAAUGGAUGAAAUAUGCAACCAAUGCCAAGCAAUGAAAUGGAAGGCUGAAGCUCCUGGUCUGUGUUGUAGUGGUGGCAAAAUUAAUAUACCUAAAAUCCCCGAACCAACAUCAGUUUUAAAAGAACUGAUAUCAGGAUCACAUCCUUCAUCAAAACAUUUCUUGAACCAUUCAAGGCAAUAUAAUACAAUUUUUCAGAUGACUUCAUUUGGAGCCAAAGAAAUUCGAGAGGGGAACUUUAUGCCCACAUUUAAAGUCCAAGGGCAAGUUUACCAUGUGAUCGGUAAUUUACUUCCGGCUGAAGGUGCACAACCAGAGUAUUUGCAAAUAUAUUUUGUUUCUCAUGCAGAUCAGGUAUCCUUGCGUUCAAAUUUAAACCCGUCCUUACAAAUUGAUCUUAUCGAUGCGCUACAAAAAUAUCUUCACGAAAAUAAUACGUAUAUUCAAAGUUUUAAAUACAAUCUCGAAAAUAGACCAUUGAGUGAUUUAAAACUUAUCAUCCAUGCUGAUGUAAAACCUGCCAACGAUCAUCGAGGUCGAUAUAAUGUGCCAAUAGUAGAUGAAGUAGCUGUUCUUUUGGUAGACGAGGAUAAAGGUCCCCGAGAUAUUGUGUUGAAUGCGAGAGAUGGUCAACUUAAACGAGUUUCUGAGCUUCACAGAUCAUACGACCCACUUCAAUAUCCCUUACUGUUUCCAUCUGGCAAUGACGGGUACUGCAUAAAUAUUGCACAACAUAAUGCUGCUGCUAGAUCUAAAACUGUAUCAUGUAUGCAGUUUUAUGCCUUUAGGCUCAUGGUGAGAAUAGAUGAUUUUAACAGUUUACAUUAUUUCAAAGGAUUACUUAACCAAUAUUGUGUUGAUAUGGCGGCAAAAAUGAUAUCUGAGAGGCUUGAUUUCAUCAAAAGAAAUCAAAAAAAGUUGCGGGCUGAGGACUACAUCCAUUUAAGAGAUGCCGUUACCAAUGAUGGCAAUAUAGACGCUUUUAAUAUUGGCCAGCAUGUUAUAUUGCCAUCGUCAUUUACAGGAUCUCCAAGAUACAUGAACGAAAAAAGUCAAGAUGCCAUGACUUACGUCAGAAAGUUUGGAAGACCAGAUCUCUUUGUUACAUUCACAUGUAACCCUGAAUGGGCAGAAAUAAGAAACGAAUUAUUACCCGGUCAAAAAUCGUACGACAGACAUGAUUUGGUUUCUAGAGUAUUUAAUUUGAAACUAAAGAAAAUUAUAGGUCUAUUGACAAAGAAACAUAUCUUUGGACCAACUCAAGCUUUUGUUUAUACCGUUGAAUGGCAAAAAAGAGGUUUACCUCACGCUCAUAUUUUGUUAUGGCUAGCAAAUAAAUUACAGCCGGAUUCUGUAGAUGACAUAAUAUCGGCUGAAAUACCUGACUUACAACAAGAUCCCAUGCUUCAUAACAUCGUCAUAAAAAACAUGAUACAUGGCCCAUGUGGAUUUCAUAACCCUACGUCACCAUGUAUGAAAGAAAACUUUUGUUCUAAAAAGUACCCCAGGUCUUUUAUUUCUGAAACACAAACUGGUGAUGACGGUUACCCAACUUACAGGCGCAGAUCUCCAGAUAAUGGUGGAAACAUGGGAAUUGUUCGUGUCAAAGGAACAGAUAUGAGCGUGGAUAAUAGUUGGGUGGUUCCUUAUAAUCCGGUCCUUUCACGAAGUUUCAAUGCACAUAUCAACGUAGAAUUUUGUCAAUCGGUCAAAGCUAUAAAAUAUAUUUGUAAAUAUAUUCAUAAAGGUUCUGAUCAAGCUACAUUUCCUUUACAAAAUAUUAACGAUGAAGUAGAAAAAUACCUAAAUGGUCGCUAUAUUAGUUCAUCUGAAGCGUUUUGGAGAAUUUUCCAAUUCUCUAUUCAUGAACGCUUCCCGGCAGUUAUUCAUUUAGCAGUUCACUUGGCAAACGGACAAAGAAUUUAUUUUAAUAAUGAAAAUCUCCAAGAUAGGGUCAAUAAUCCUCCUUCGACAACGCUUACAGCGUUUUUCGAUCUGUGCAGAGUAGAUGUAUUUGCAAAAACUCUUUUAUAUCAAGAAGUACCUCAAUAUUACACAUGGGAAAGAAAUAAAUUUUCUAGAAGAAAACGAGGGCAAGACGUUAAUGGAUUCCCAGGUGUAAAAAAAGAUACAGCUUUGGGUCGUGUGUACAAUAUUCAUCCGACUCAAACUGAAUGCUUUUAUUUGAGAAUGUUAUUGCAACAUGUUCGCGGUCCAACGUCAUUUGAAGAUCUUCGAACCGUCAACGGUAUUAUUUUACAGACGUAUCAAGGCGCCUGCAAGAGAUUAGGUUUACUGGAAGGAGAUCAUCAUUGGGAAAAUACUAUAUCAGACGCUGUUUUAUCAGAGUCAGCCACAAAGUUAAGAGAAUUAUUUGCCAUCAUCCUCAUAUUUUGUCAGCCAUCUGACCCUUUCGAGAUAUGGAGUAAAUUUCGUAAUGAUUUGUGUGAAGAUAUAUUAAAUAGAAAUCGUAAUGACCGACAGGAUAUGACAUUACAAUUUAAUGAUAAUAUAUACAAUGAAGGGCUUAUGAUAAUUGAAGAUAAGAUUCAUGAGAUGUGUGAUAAAUCCUUAACCGAUUUUGGACUUCCAGCGUCCAAUAGAAAUAAUUCAAAUAGUAAUAUGGAUCCAUUAGAAGAAGCAUUGCGAAAACCGUAUGAUUUAAAUAAAUUAAGUGAUUAUAUUUCUGAAAACGAACCUAAGUUAGUAGAUGAGCAGCUGACUGCUUAUAAUUGUGUUUUGAACAGUGUUCAUUUAAAUGAAGGGAAGAUAUUUUUUUUGGAUGCCCCUGGUGGAACCGGCAAAACUUUUGUUACCAAUUUAAUAUUAGCUAAAGUUAGAUCUCAAGAUAAAAUAGCUUUGGCCGUAGCUUCGUCGGGCAUCGCUGCAACGCUACUAGCGGGUGGACGCACCGCUCAUUCAACUUUUAAACUGCCUUUGACUAUUUCCUUGCAGAAAGAUAGCGUGUGUUCGAUCCGUAAAAAUGGGCCUUUGGGAAAAGUUUUGCAAGAUAUCAGUCUAAUAAUAUGGGAUGAAUGUACUAUGAUCCAUAGAGCUCAUGUAGAGGCUUUAGAUAGAACUCUUAGAGAUAUUAGAAGCACUAACAAACUCAUGGGUGGAAUCACUGUCAUGUUUGCUGGGGAUUUUCGCCAAACAUUACCGGUGAUAGUUAGGGGAACCAGAGCUGACAUUGUGAAGUCUUGCUUAAAAAGUUCCCCAUUAUGGAAGUUCGUUCAUACCAUAAAAUUAUUUACUAAUAUGAGAGCACAUUUGGGUGGAGGUAAUAUAAAUUUUCCUUCAAAGUUACUUUCAAUAGGAGACGGGAAAGUUCCUCAUUCCAAUACUAAAAUUGAAAUUGAUCUUGAUUUAGGUGAGAAAGUUACCAACAUUGAAGAACUAAUCUCCAAAGUCUAUCACGAUGUAGUUCAUAUAGACCAAAAAGACUAUCAAUGGAUGUGUCAAAGGGCAAUAUUGGCAGCUAGAAAUAGUAGCGUUGACGACAUCAAUAACAAAAUACUAAAUAAACUUCCAGGAGAUAGCGUGAACUACAUGUCCAUUGAUAACGUAAUGGAUCAAGAGGAUGCGGUACAUUACCCACAAGAAUUUUUAAAUUCUCUAAAUCCAAGUGGCCUUCCCCCACAUUCACUCAAAUUAAAAACUGGCACUCCAAUCGUGUUGCUAAGAAACUUGAAACCACCAAAUUUAUGCAACGGAACCAGACUCCAAGUAAAAUUUCUUCGCAAUAACGUGAUUGGUGCUACAGUUUUGACUGGUCCAGCAGUAGGGCAGACAGUGCUGAUACCUCGCAUCCCUAUGAUACCAACGGAUUUGCCUUUCAACUUUAAAAGAAUUCAAUUUCCGGUGAAGGUAUCGUUUGCGGUAACAAUUAAUAAGGCCCAGGGGCAAACAUUUAAACACGUAGGAAUAGAUUUACGGCAAGAGUGUUUUUCGCACGGGCAACUAUAUGUUGCCCUAUCGAGAUCUGGUUCUGGUGAAAAUCAAUAUCUACUUCUGCCGGAAGAAAACAAAACUAAAAAUAUAGUGUACGCAGAAGUUCUUUAAAAUAACCGUAGUUUCGUUUUUUAAUAACCUACAAUCUACACGAUACCACACUAUCACAACACACUAAUAUUCUAAAGGCGAAAGUUUGUGUAUGUGUGUAAUUAACUAUGUUCCUCCUUUACGCUGCGGCUACUGAAGUGAUUUGGCUGAAAUUUGGAAUGUAAAUAGAUUUUACUCUGGAUAUAUAUAGGAUAUACUUUUAUCCCGCUAAAAUUCAUGGUUCCUACGGGUUUCGUGAAAAAGUGGAUUCCACGCGGACGAAUACUUUUAUAGAGCUGAAUUUAAAUCUAUACUUUUAAUAAAUCUGUAGAAAGGUAAAUUCUGUACAUGAAAUUGUUCAUGUAAUUGUACAUAUAUUUCCAAAAUAACUAUCAGGGGCUGAUUAGUGAUCGACACUGAUGCCAAAAAUACAAUCAGUAAAAUUUUUGUCUGUCUGUCUGUAUGUUCGUUAUAGAAACAAAAACUGCUCGACGGAUUUUAACGAAACUUGGUACAAUUUUUCUUCAUACUUCUGGGCAGGUUAUAGUAUACUUUUCAUCAAGCUACGAUAAAUAGGAGCAGAGCAUUGAAGGGAAAUGUUGGAAAAACGGGAGAAGUUACUCCAUUUUUUAAGUAACCGUCGCGUGUGCAGCCUUAAUGGGUAGGGUUGGGUAGGGUAGGGGUAGGGCAGGGGCAGAAACUUGAAAGUUUACAUUGACUUCCACGCGGACGAAGUCGCGGGCGUC